CGUGUGCGGAUUGUUCCUCGGUGUCCAGCGGCGCCUAACAUGGAUGCCCCGCUCUUCCUCGCAUCGACACGCUGUCUCCUGGCGCAGUGAGAGAGGGGACCAUGCAGGGAUUGCUGUGGCAUGUGGGAAGGAGCUCCUCCUCGGCUGUCCGAGUGACCAUGCCCUGAUCCGGCGCCAGGGAUGUCACCCCGCUUAAAGCCUUAAUGGCAAUCUGAGGAAACCAGGAGCAUCUCAAUGACACGGAGGAUUGGCAGUGCCCGCUGAACGACCACCAUGAAGAUCACCUCCCCACAGAUGUCUAAAGUGAUGCUGAGGUGGACCGUCAGGCUCGUUCUGCUGCUCGCACCACAUGUGGGAUGUUCUCACGGGAUGCAGCACGUUUUAAGAUUUGGGGGAAUAUUUGAAUCCAUUGAAAGUGGUCCUUCAGGAGCAGAGGAGCUGGCCUUUAAAUUUGCUUUGAACACCAUCAACAGAAACAGAACUCUACUGCCAAACACAACUCUGACCUACGACAUCCAAAGGAUUAAUGUCUAUGACAGUUUUGAGGCAUCAAGAAAAGCCUGUGACCAGCUCUCCUUGGGGGUGGCGGCUAUCUUUGGCCCCUCCCACAGUUCUUCUGCAAAUGCGGUUCAGUCCAUCUGCAACGCACUGGGUGUGCCCCACAUCCAGACCAAAUGGAAGCACCAGGUCUCUGACAACAGGGACACCUUUUACGUCAGCCUAUAUCCUGACUUCACGUCCCUCAGCAGAGCCAUCCUGGACCUGGUUCACUUCUUCAAGUGGAAGACUAUAACUGUGGUCUAUGAUGACAGCACAGGCCUCAUUCGGCUACAAGAGCUCAUCAAGGCCCCAUCUCGAUACAACAUCCGCCUGAAGAUCCGGCAGUUGCCGACGGAGACGAAGGACGCCAAGCCUCUGCUGAAGGAGAUGAAGCGAGGCAGGGAGUUCCACGUGAUCUUCGACUGCGGGCAUGAGAUGGCGGCCAGCAUUCUCAAACAGGCCCUUGCCAUGGGCAUGAUGACGGAGUACUACCAUUACAUCUUUACCACUCUGGACCUUUUUGGCCUGGACGUGGAGCCGUACCGCUACAGUGGCGUGAACAUGACGGGGUUCCGUAUCCUCAACACGGAGAACUCACAGGUGUCCUCCAUCAUUGAGAAGUGGUCAAUGGAGCGACUACAAGCUCCACCCAGGCCAGAUUCAGGGCUGCUGGAUGGAAUUAUGACGACCGACUCAGCCCUGGUGUACGAUGCCGUGCAUGUGGUGUCAGUGGCCGUACAGCAAUCCCCACAGAUCACUGUCAGCUCCCUGCAGUGCAACCGACAUAAACCCUGGCGCUUCGGAAGUCGCUUCAUGACUCUCAUAAAAGAGGCCCAUUGGGAUGGCUUGACUGGACGGAUAUCCUUCAACAAAACCAACGGGUUAAGGACAGAUUUUGACCUAGAUGUGAUCAGUCUGAAGGAGGAGGGACUUGAGAAGAUUGGAACCUGGGAUCCUGCAAGUGGCUUGAACAUGACAGAGACCCAGAAGAGCAAGACGACUUAUGUCACUGAUUCGAUAUACAACCGAUUCCUGCGUGUCUCCACCAUACUGGAGGAGCCCUAUGUGAUUUUUAAGAAGUCAGACAAGCCCCUGUACGGGAAUGACAGAUUUGAGGGAUACUGUAUUGACCUGCUGAGGGAGCUGGCUAACAUCUUGGGCUUCCGCUACAACGUGCAGCUGGUGAAGGAUGGCAAGUAUGGGGCUCAGGAGGAGACCACCGGACAAUGGAAUGGCUUGGUCAGGGAGCUCAUGGACCACAACGCUGACCUGGCGGUAGCUCCUCUGGCCAUUACGUACAUGCGGGAGAAGGUCAUCGACUUCUCCAAGCCCUUCAUGACGCUGGGGAUAAGUAUUUUGUACCGGAAGCCCAACGGUACAAACCCCGGGGUUUUCUCCUUCCUCAACCCGCUCUCGCCUGAUAUCUGGAUGUAUAUUCUGCUGGCUUACUUGGGUGUCAGUUGUGUGCUGUUUGUCAUAGCCAGGUUUAGCCCCUAUGAGUGGUAUAACCCCCAUCCGUGCAACCCCGACUCUGAUGUGGUGGAAAACAAUUUCACGUUGCUAAAUAGUUUCUGGUUCGGAGUUGGAGCUCUCAUGCAGCAAGGAUCUGAGCUCAUGCCCAAAGCUCUCUCCACUCGGAUAGUUGGGGGCAUCUGGUGGUUUUUCACGCUCAUCAUCAUCUCUUCCUACACCGCUAACCUCGCAGCCUUCCUCACCGUGGAGCGCAUGGAGUCACCCAUCGACUCUGCCGACGACCUGGCCAAGCAAACCAAGAUUGAGUAUGGGACGGUGGAGGAUGGCUCCACCAUGACCUUCUUCAAGAAAACAAAGAUAUCAACGUACGAAAAGAUGUGGGAGUUCAUGAGCAGCCGGAGGCACUCGGUAAUGGUGAAGAGCGUAGAGGAGGGCAUCCAGCGGGUGCUCACAUCCGACUAUGCCUUCCUCAUGGAGUCCACAGCCAUCGAGUACGUCACACAGCGCAACUGCAACCUGACGCAGGUCGGCGGCCUCAUCGACUCCAAGGCCUAUGGCGUGGCCACUCCUAUGGGCUCUCCAUACCGAGACAAGAUCACCAUCGCCAUCCUGCAGCUUCAGGAGGAAGGCAAGCUGCACAUGAUGAAGGAGAAGUGGUGGCGGGGCAAUGGCUGCCCAGAAGAGGAGAGCAAGGAGGCGAGUGCACUUGGUGUGCAAAACAUCGGAGGCAUCUUCAUUGUGCUGGCUGCUGGUCUGGUGCUCUCUGUGUUUGUAGCGGUGGGAGAGGUCCUCUACAAGUCCAGACAAAAUGCUCAGCUGGAAAAGAGGUCCUUCUGCAGUGCCAUGGUGGAUGAACUGCGGGGGUCACUGAAAUGCCAACGGCGGCUCAAGCAGAAGCCCCCAGCUCCGGUCCUGGUGAAAACGGAGGAAGUCAUCAACAUGCACACCUUCAACGACCGCAGGCUGCCCGGGAAGGAAACAAUGGCGUAGGAGAUGCCACCUCCCCCACAGCAGUGGGGAGGUGCAAAGGAGGACUGGGUGGCUGUUAUUCCAGGCAGGUUGCUCAGGAGGAGAUGGAAGAAAUGUUUCCUGUGGAAAUACUUGCGCUUAGGCAAAAUCCAGCGUGUCACCUCAGUGCAUUUGUUAUCAAUCACUGUAGAGGAAUGUUGUGAAUAACAGAGAGAGAAACAACCCUUGAUGGAGCAGAGCACUCUGGGUACAGUGCCUAUGUAUUGGGACAGCCAGAAUUUUUCUUAAAGUCUUUGGAGUAGAAAGUGGAGGUUUCAGCAACAACUUCCAAAGGCCUGCUGACUCUGAGAGCCGUCGAGAACACGCAGCCUCGCAAACUCAUGCUCCAAGCAGAAAUCCUGCAAACGCACUGCAACGGAACAAACGUCGCAUAAUAGUGAUUUUGUUUUUUAUAACACAAGAACGAACUAUGUAUUAUUUCCUCCUAGAUGUCGGAAAACGGAGCAACUGAGAUGCAUUUAAAGGCUGACGUUGUUUCUCAAAACAGUGAAAUGUAUUUGCAAAAGUUAGAAAAUAUGUUCCAAAAGCUGUGCGUUUGUGUUACUAGCUGUGUUUAUCGCCACUAACAUCAUUCAGAUAUUGUGUGGACAGAGAGGAUUAUUUUAAACCUAUUGUAACUGACAUAAUGUGCGUCUUUCUCUUUUCAUGAUUUCAGAAAUUUUAAAAUUCACCCGUCCAGUUCAGUGUCAGUCACCUGACCAAGUGGCUAAUGUCUGAUAUCUUGAAGCUUUUAACAUCUUGUUCCAUGUUGCCUGAAUGUAGACAUUGGGGCAGUCCAUUAACAGUCUAGAAUGGUAUUUAUUGUUAUUUAUUGUUGAAUUUAUAUUUUCACACCUGCUUUGUCCAUGUACCUUUGUUCCUUGUAUUUCUGCGUUUUACUUGGAGUCUUUUUUAUUUUUUAUUUUAGAACAGAAUAUUGUUUUAUUAUUUCAAGAUGCAAGAUUUGUAUAAAAAAAGGUUUUUGUAUAAAGACCAGUUUUCUAAUACUUUUUAUCAGCAAAACUGACCUACACGUGUGGGUCUGUAAAUGACAGAUUUGACCACCAACUCCCAAGGCCUGUAUUGGCCUGUGGGGGUCAGUUGGUGGGUGGGUGUGGGGCUGGGUGACAAGCAUGCCUGGUAGCACUGAAGCCAAGGUAUAGUAUUUUUAUUGUGUAAAGGAACCAUAUCUGCUCUAUUUUUACAGCAGGGAAUAUAUAGAAAUAAAGGCAUUUAAAUCAAGCUUCAGAUGACCUACCAAUAUUGCUUAUCAUUCUUCACCACUGAUUAAAAAAGUAUUGUUAGUGUUCAAAUGUGAAAAAAAGUGUUUCAAUGGUUUAACA